CCCUUACGACUAUCUCGAGGAACACAGAACUCACCCUUUAAGCACAUCUCCGCCGACGAUCGUCCAUCAUUCUUUGCCCUACAACUGGUUUUCAUUCUUGCUUCAGCCACCUUGCCGCAUAUCGCAGACCCCCCGUCUCACAGCUGUCAUCGGGGACCUGCCAUUCCUGACUUCGACGCAAUGGGUGGCAAGCAAUGGGCGAAAGAAGAGGAGCUCGUCUUCUGGAGGUUUGUCGUCCCCAAGUCGCCCAAGCGCGUCGGAGGAGAUAGACAGAAUCGCGAAAUGUCCUGGAAGGAGUGCGCUGCCUGGAUGCAACAACGCAUGGCCAGAGUCUUUAAAGAGCCGCGACGAACCUACACUGAACUGUGUCUCUUUGAACAUUACUUUCAGAACGCUGAGAAGGAGAAAUUUUCUCCCCACGCGGAAGUAUUAGUACGACGAUAUCUUGCGCAGAAGAGAGCAGAUGAAGUCCGUCACGGUCAGGGCAACGGUGAGGCAAACGAUCAGGGCAACGGCCCGGGCGACAGCGACAAUAACGGCAUUAACGAAGAAUCGCACAUUCCUCAGCCUUUGGGCAACGCCGGAUCCCCUAUCCCCAUGACACCAGCUCGCCCUCGGAGCUUGGCCACACACAGGGCCAAAAACACCGACCAUCAAGAGGAUUCUCCCUCGUCGAUGUCCCCAUUCGCCCCCGGUUACAACAACAGCGAUGGUUAUGCAAGCAUUGGAAACCAGGCAAGCACUCCCAGCUACACAGGCUCGAGAGGAUAUGCCGACCACCUUGGUCAUCCUAAGCCCAGUAGGAUGUCUCUUGGCCCCAGCGGCAGUUUGGCCGCUCCCGCGAUGCCCAUGGCACCCAUGGAUGAGGAGGAGCUUCCUCUCGCGGGCCUUCGUACGGCUUCACCCUACAGCCACGAUAGUCCUGUUACCCCAGGACAAUACUCUGAGGUAAACUCGAGUCCGCCUAUGCAGAUGCCUCAAGCCAUGCGCCAUCAUUCGGUAAUCGAGAGGCAAGCUGCGAGCGCUGGCAUGAGUGUUCAGGACCUCCUGAACAGCUCCCCAGCUAAACAACAUCCUUUGCCACAAGCCUAUCAGGGCUCUGUCCACGACGGUUACAGCAUUCAGAGCGGCUACAACUACUAUCCGGAUUGCGUUCAGGAUCUCGCCCAGGGAUACGACAACAGCUACUCUCCAAACUAUACAUCGAACUAUGGCCAGCCUUACGUCCAGGGAUACAAUGAUGACGUUCACAGCUACAAUCAAGGCUACGACUCAAGCCCCCAAGGACACAGCAAUGGCAUCCAGGGCUACAACCAAGGUUAUGAGUCAAGCCUCAAUGGAGUUCCACAGAACCGCAUCGAUGAUGCGUCCUUCCCUACCCGAGCUGUUUCGAGCAAUGCCACCCGUUCGGCUCACGAGGGCGCGACUUACAACAACGAAUAUCAUGGUUCCAACAGUGACAACAAUUACCAGAAUAGUAAUAUCCCUAACGGAAGUGGAGAGCAAUCAGCUGCAUACAGCCGUCGUGGUCCUCAGAGGUCUGUGAAUCGCGCCUGAACUAGGUCAGCUAAGCUCUUACAACGGACCAUGGCUUAUGGCUAUGACUCCAGAUACAUCUUACCGUAUCUCCUUAACAGACAUAUUGCUUGCUUUACCACUUUAGCUUCGUCAGGUAAAGCGUUUCCUUUAUUUUGGUCUUUAGGUCGCACUCAUCUCUUCGGUCUUUCCGUUUGCGAAAUCUCCAUCAUCAUCAGCAACCUCAGAGGCAGCUUUCAUUUCUUCGAAACAGCAUUCAUAAAGGCGUUAGGACGUUGAAAAGGUUCCGC